GUCUCCGUUAGACCUUGGCAACGAGACUUAACAAGCUUCCUUGUGCUUUCCAUGAAACUCACAUAAUCAAAAAUAUAAUUUAAAACUUUCUUUCCCUAACUUCGUUUAAGUUUUGUCCUGUCAACUACAAGCUAUUGUUCUUAACACUGUGACUUUCCAAAAAAAAAAGAUUUUGCUUUUUUUUUUUUUGUUAGCCUAAUGGCGUCUUCUUCCUCCUCUUCUCACAAUUGGGUAUACGAUGUUUUCCCGAGCUUCAGCGGGGAAGACAUCCGCAUAACUUUCCUCAGUCACUUUCUAAAAGAGCUUGAUCGGAAACUGAUCAUUUCUUUCAAAGACAACGAGAUAGAGAGAAGCCAAUCGCUCGAUCCUGAGCUUAAACAGGCAAUAAGGACUUCAAGAAUCGCGGUAGUUGUGUUCUCUCAAAGUUACGCCUCUUCAAGCUGGUGUCUUAACGAACUGAUGGAGAUUGUGAAAUGCAAAAAAGAGUUUGGUCAAAUGGUGAUAUCGAUUUUCUACCGUUUGGAUCCUUCUCAUGUAAGGAAACAAACCGGAAACUUUGGAGAGGCUUUCUCAAAGACUUGUCAGAACAAAACAGAGAAUGAAACAAAACUUUGGCGGCAAACUUUGACCGAUGUAGCAAAUAUCCUUGGAUAUCAUUCUCAAAACUGGGAUAAUGAAGCAAAAAUGAUAGAAGAUAUCUCAAAUAAUGUUUUGAAGAAACUUUUGCUAACCACAUCAAAGGAUUCUGAGGAUUUGGUUGGCAUCGAAAACCAUAUCAUUGAGAUGAGUGCAUUGUUAAAUUUGGAAUCUGAGGAUGUGAGGAUGGCUGGGCUAUGGGGUACGUCAGGAAUUGGCAAAACUACCAUUGCUAGAGCUCUAUUUGGUCGAAUCGCUUGUCGGUUCCAAGGUAGUGCUUUUAUAGACAGGGCAUUCAUACAUAAGAGUAUGAAAAUUUAUUCUAGUGCAAACUCAGAUGACUAUAAUAUGAAACUGCACUUACAAAAAAGCUUCUUGUCUAAAAUUUUAGACAACAAACAAAUAAAGAUAGAGAGUUUAAUUGCAGUGGAAGAAAGGCUAAAACACCGAAAAGUUCUAAUCUUUAUUGAUGAUUUGAAUGACCAAGUGGUGUUAGAUGCCUUGGUGGGUCAAAUUCAUUGGUUUGGAAGUGGAAGUAGAAUCAUUGUCAUUACACAAGACAAGCAUUUUUUAAAGGCCCAUGGUAUUAAUCAUAUUUAUGAGGUUUGUCUCCCAACUAAAGAGCUUGCUCUUGAGAUAUUUUGUCGAUCAGCUUUCAAGAAAAAUUAUCCACCCAAUGGUAUGAUGGAGCUGGCCUCUGAAGUUGCCUUACACGCUGGCAAUCUUCCGUUGGGUCUUAAAGUUUUGGGUUCGUAUCUACGUGGUAGGGAAAAAGAAGAGUGGAUAGAUAUGCUUCCUAGCCUUUGUGUUAGGCUGAAUGGAAAAAUUGAGAGAACACUAAGAGUCAGCUAUGAAGGGUUAAAUAACAGAAAAGAUGAAGCCAUAUUUCGACACAUUGCAUGUCUUUUUAAUGGUGAGACUGUCGAUGACAUAAAGCUGCUACUAGCAGAUAGUGAUUUGGAUUUUAAUGUCGGGUUUAAAAACCUCGUUGAUAAGUCUCUUAUACAUGUAAGAGAAAACUAUGUUGAGAUGCACUGUUUGCUGAAUGGAAAAAUUGAGAGAACACUAAGAGUCAGCUAUGAAGGGUUAAAUAACAGAAAAGAUGAAGCCAUAUUUCGACACAUUGCAUGUCUUUUUAAUGGUGAGACUGUCGAUGACAUAAAGCUGCUACUAGCAGAUAGUGAUUUGGAUUUUAAUGUCGGGUUUAAAAACCUCGUUGAUAAGUCUCUUAUACAUGUAAGAGAAAACUAUGUUGAGAUGCACUGUUUAUUACAAGAGUUGGGUAAGGAGAUUGUCCGUGCACAGUCUGAUAAGCCUACGGAAAGGGAAUUUCUUGUGGAUUCGAAGGAUAUAUGCGAUUUACUUGAAGAUGAUACUGAUACCGGCAAAAAGGUCUUAGGUAUAGCACUGGAUAUGGAUGAGAUUGAUGAAGUACAUAUACAUGAGAAUGCCUUCAAAGGGAUGCCUAAUCUCCUUUUUCUAAAAAUAUACACAAAGAGAUGGGACUUCAUCAAGAGGUUAACAAAGAAACAACAAGACUACAAGAAAGAAGUGAGAUGGAACUUACCAGAAAGCUUCAACUAUUUGCCCCAUAAACUUAGAUUACUAAGGUUGGACGGAUAUCCUAUGAGAUGCUUGCCUCAUAACUUUCGUCCUGGAAACCUCGUUAAGCUCCAAAUGCCAGGGAGCAAACUCGAAAGGCUAUGGGAAGGAGUUCAUACACUCGAAGGGCUCAAGGAUAUAGAUUUGCAAGGAUCUACAAAUUUGAAAGAAAUUCCUGAUCUCUCGACGGCAACCAAUCUCAAGACACUUAAUUUUAGCGGUUGCUCAAAUUUAGUGGAGCUUCCUGCCUCUAUUCAGUAUCUCAAUAAACUCGAGACGUUGACUAUGUCAAAAUGCAUAAAUCUGGAGACUCUUCCCAGUGGAAUCGACCUCCAAUCUCUUUGUAGUCUUGAUCUUAAUGAAUGCUCACGGUUGAAGAUUUUUCCUGAUAUCUCAACCAACGUUUCGGUGCUCUUUAUAGACAAUACAGCAAUUGACGACUUCCUUUCUAUCUCGCGUCUAAAGAAACUCAGUAUUCUUCGCAUGUAUAGAAUAAAGAGUGAGAAAUUGUGGGAAAGAGAGCAGCCGCUUACACCACUCAUGGCCAUGCUGCCUCACUCUUUGACGAGAUUGUUUCUCUCGGAUAUUCCAAGUUUGGUAGAGCUUCCUUCCUCUAUCCAGAAUUUCACUAAACUUGAGUAUUUGAGAAUUCUAAACUGCAAAAAUCUGGAGACGCUUCCCACAGGCAUCAAUAUCCGAGAUCUCUCUGUCCUUGACCUCUCUAGAUGCCCACGUUUGAGAUUAUUUCCUGAUAUCUCAACCAACAUCCAUUCGCUGAGAGUAUGCAGUACAGGGAUUGAAGAGGUUCCUUGGUGGGUCAAGAAGUUUUCUAAGCUUCAACACCUAAAUAUGAACGAAUGCAGCAAUUUAAAACGUGUAUCCCUACACAUUUUUGAACUGAAACAUCUUGAGGAAGUCCACUUUUCAAAUUGUGGGGGACUAACGGAAACUAGCUGGAAUGAUAGUUCAAGUGUUGUGGCAAUGGAAACAGACAAUAUGCCUGUCGUCGUCCAAGAAGCUUUCUCUUCUUUUCCGGAAAAUUUCAUCAGCUGCUUCAACAUGGAUCAAAAAGUUCUCCUUCAACGACAAUCAAUUGCAUCUAAGUUCAUGAUAUUACCAGGUCAACAAGUACUUUCAUAUUUCACUCACCGUACUACGGCGGGUACCUCUUUGACCAAUAUCCCUCUCCUUUACACCUCUCCCACUCAACCAUUCUUGAGAUUUAAGGCUUGCGCCGUGGUCUGUCUAACCAAACCUGCUCCUGAAGGGUUUUUUUUAUAUAAGAUCCAUGUAUCUUGUCACUUCAAAGGUAGAUUUGGGAACCACUUUGAUACUCUUUACCCACCACAUGCGUUCGAGAAUAGUGAGAAGGGUAUCCACCUUGUUAUAUUCGACUGUUUUGUCCCUCUAAACAAAGACAAUGCUUCUCUAGUUGAAAUGAACUACGAACAGGUGGAUAUACAACUUCAUUUGAGUAAUUAUGAUAAUUGUUCCUUGUCUGAGUUAAAAGGUUGGGGCAUACGCAUCUUCAAGGACUUUUCAUCACCAGAGAACCGACUUGGUAAUGGAAAUACUCUUCUACAUGUUUCUGAAGCAAAUGAUGAUGACAGUAUGGUUAAUAAGAAAGAACACAAUGGAGAGUGUGGAGACAGUUGUGAAGAACAAGAUAAGAACACGAAGCGAAUGCGGAUUAUGUGAAGGAUCUCUAAAACCCUCUGUUUUGCUCUGCUUCCGACCACAGGAGGAACACAAGAUGUGACUAUUUUAGCAUUCCUAGAUUAUUUGGUUGGUGUAAAA